AUGAAGAGAACUUACAACUACAACCAAGAUGAACUCAAACAGUCAUUGAACAAAGAAAAUGGCACAAGUAAUUACUCUAGCCAUCAUCAAAAAAACUUUGAGAAGAGCAGCUGGAAUAAUGUUAGCCAUCCUGAUUCUAGUCCUUCACAGUCAUCUGCCAUGAACUUCAAAUCAUUUAAGCCUUCAUCCAAGUAGUCAUAGUAUGAUAUUCCAGAUCACAAAGCUUAACAAGUGCUAAAUAGAAUGGUAAGAUGUAACACAUUGACUAUCUGCUCUUAAAAAGCUCCUGAGUACUAUCUUAAGCUUAUUAGGCAUCAUUUUAGCAAAUCAGAUGAUGGUGAUACUCUCAGUCUUCAGUCAUUAGGACAUUCCUGCUAAAAUUUAGUCUAUGUUGCUUGUCUUGUGACAAUGAAAGGAUAUGCAUUCUACAAGAAGAUCAAGAAUGAUCAUCUCUCAGUACCUGUGGCUGACUCUAAAACUGGAGCACAUUUGGGAUUACUUAAGAAAGUGAGAUUAACUGUGAAACUCACUAAAUCAGCUGACUUCAACAAGAUUAUCUAAGAUGAGGAAGAGAAGUUUAGAUUUGAAAAUCAGUCUCAACCGAAUGGAAGAGGUGGAAUCUAAGUAGGUACUAGAGAUAUUCAAGAUCGAAGGUAAAUUGUUGAGGAAUUUGAUCAAGAAGACCUUGUCCUUAAGAGCAAAUAGUAAAUAGAAGAAGAGGAAAAGAAUGUGGUCAUUGAUGAAGAAGAAGCCAAAAGAGAAAUGGAGAUCUACAAGGAAUUUGAAGAAGACCCAAACUUUCAAAUAGAUGAAGAGGAUGAAUCAGAUGAUGAAAAUCAGACAGAAUUAGAGGACUAGAUUUAGGAGGGAGAAGAUUUAGAAAAUCAAGUUGUAAGAGCUUCUGAAGAGUAAGAUUGUGAAGAUGAGGAGAGUGAUGAGUAAGAUCCAGAGGAUGAGGAAAGAGCAAGAGUUGAAAAUCUCAAACUUAUGAUGGAGCAAUUAUCAAUCAACUCUACAGAGCGUCCAACUGAUAUCCCAGUCAUUAUGAGAAGUAAUAACUAUGACAUCAGUUCUAGACUUUUGGAAUGCUAAUAAACAAAUCUAUUGGGAUUCCCUCAUACUAAUUCUAUUUUAACCUCAGAUUAGGUUUAAGGUGGCACUAAAUGA